CCCGGUUUCUGUUUCGUGGUCUCGUCGGUCCCCCUCGUCGCUGUGCGACACUGCCCGCCGCGUCCAAGACAAACUCCGCAGCCUCUCGCGUUUCCCCUUCUCCCUUCCCUCGUGCUCCCUCUUCCCCUCCGCUCCCUUUUUUGUCCUCCCUUCGCGACCCUGGCCUCCGGCGAGCGGCGUCGUGAGCACCACCGGCGAGGAGAUCGUGAUCGGAGCUCUGGGCCCCGCCCUCGGCCUUGAGCUUUCGAGCCGGAUCGGUACGUGAGAGCCCCAUGGCCCGCAGCGAAGCGAAACCUUUUCACUGCCGUUGCCUGCUUCCCACCUCGCCCCCCGCCGCCUGGCUGUCAGCUCCCCCCACCCCGCACUUCCCCUCUGCAUCGCCCUUCUCGUCUUCGCGGGGUGGCCCUCGCGGUUGUUGGCCCCCCGACGAGGGCGACUGGCGAUGGUGGGAUCCCUACGACAAGCGUGAGUACGACCCUGGGCGCUUCGGCUUCAAGGGCUCCCCGAGGUUCGACGACCUGAAGCUCCGGAGCCCCGAGGCGGCGGCGUGCACCCGGCUCGGGGUCGGCGAGCGCCGCCUGGGGUCCGUGAGGUUCGUCGAGGAGGGCAGGUGGAAGCAGCAGCUCAGGAGAAGAGGCUCGCGAAGGCCCGCAAGCGUGGCGAGCUGUGACGCCGCUGGGCGCCAGGAGGCGCCCCGCCGUUGGCCCCACCCUCGGAGGCCUAGUGAAAAGGGCUCGCGCGCCGCCCGCCGCCCGGCCGCUCCGCCUCGCCUCGCCGCCUCGAGAAAGAGCGAGAGCGGCAGGCGGUCAUGAGCAGGAGCGACCCGUCGCCGAACCAGCCACUCUUGGCCAGGGUGGCUCUUUGCGUGCAGCUGGCGCAGGCAGGCGCAGGCAGGCCCCUCGCCCCCUCUCCGCGGCACUGCUCCGCCUUCCCCCACCAGCCGGUCGCGCGCGCUUCUUCCGCGCCAGGCGGGCGGCCCGUGCGAGCGUCCUGCGCCAUGGUGUUUAAGCAGCAUGUUCGCACCAUGCCACGGGGGCAUCGUUGUCGGGCCUUGAAGAGCGAUGGGUGGCAUUUGGUGAUCCUUUGCCCUGUCACGCUCGAGAAAUUGAUUGUUACCCAGCUCGCCGCGUGCGCCGAAGGUAAUUGGUAAGGGGCGCUCGAUUUUGAAAUCUUGCUUCGCCCGACUUUUUCGUCCCUGCCCUGUUUCCGCCUGGGACGGUGAGGGGGCAUUUCUUUUGACGGGGGCUGGCAGGGUGUGCUUCGAGCUGAAUCGAUUGCUUGCUCAGUGGGCAAGCCUCGCGCUUCCGACUGUCCCGCCGGCGACAGCCGUGAACCGCGCUAGGUGGCGCGGCGGGCCUGUUGACCCUCUCGCAAGAUACGCGCGUGAGCCAUUGCAGCGGCGACUAGCCUCCCUUCCGUAUGGUAUAUUUCCUACGAAGUUAGUCUUUUCUCAUUCGUCGACUCUUUCGCUGUAGCUGGCAAGUGUGGGCUCCGUCUUCGGCGUCUCGCCCUUCCCGCGCGUGCUGGCGCCGGCGCAGGGGCCGGUGGGUGUGGGCCCCAAUCGGUUUGCCGACGUUUCCCGGAGCAGUUGCAGGACCCGCUGCCGCAAUUGCUGUUUGCACAUGCGCGGGUUCUGGCUUUUUGGCUGUGCGUUCCGACUUCGAUACUAAUACCUCCCUGAGGAUCAAGCCUGGUUCCCUAAACCUUUUUCUGCGCUCGCACGGAUUUCGGCUCUGGAGCGGGUGCUCUGCUUGAGUUUCU